AGUAUGGGUCGGCUUGAUGGGAAGAUCAUACUGCUGUCUGCAGCAGCACAGGGGAUUGGACGAGCAGCUGCUAUAGCUUUUGCUAAUGAAGGAGCCAGAGUCAUUGCUACAGACAUCAAUGGGUCGAAGCUGCAAGAACUGGAGAAAUAUCCAGGCAUUCAAAUACGGGUUCUGGAUGUCACCAAAAAGGAGCAGAUAGAAAAUCUGGCCAAGGAGAUUGAAAGGAUUGAUGUCCUCUGUAACAUUGCAGGGUUUGUUCAUCAUGGAACCAUUCUGGAGUGUGAGGAGCAAGACUGGAACUUCACUAUGAACCUCAAUGUUCGCAGCAUGUAUCUAAUGAUCAAGACAUUCCUUCCUAAGAUGCUUAAACAGAAAUCUGGAAAUAUUAUAAAUAUGUCUUCUGUGGCAUCCAGCAUUAAAGGAGUUGUGAACAGAUGUGUAUAUAGUACUUCAAAGGCAGCAGUUAUUGGUCUAACGAAGUCUGUGGCUGCUGAUUUCAUUGAACAAGGCAUCAGAUGCAACUGCAUAUGUCCUGGAACUGUUGACACACCAUCUUUACAGGAAAGAAUCCAAGCCCAGCCUAAUCCAGAACAGGCAUUGAAAGACUUCCUAGCCAGACAGAAGACUGGUAGGAUGGCUACUGCUGAAGAAGUGGCCCAUCUCUUUGUGUAUUUGGCCUCUGAUGAAUCUGCCUACGUGACUGGUAAUGAGCUAAUCAUCGAUGGAGGAUGGAGAUUGUGAUUGACCCUACCUGCAAAUGGAAAUUCAUACUAUGAAAGGCAAAAAGUGAGGAUCAUCUUUCUCAGUUAAGAGAGCUU